GUUCAUGUAUUACGUGUACAAAACUGAACAUAACAAUUUUGUCGUGAUGUGGUUAGUGAUUAAAUGUAGAUAACGCAUAGUAACGAACAACAUGUGAUGAUAAAUAACAAAACCGAAGAAUCUGGAAAAAAUAUUGGUCUUUAGGUGUACAGAAGAUCAUAACAAUACACCAAUGGCCUAUCAAACUUUCCGGCAGGAGUACAUGCAAAUACCUGUGGUGACACGAGCUUAUACAACAGCUUGUGUCAUCACAACUCUUGCAGUGCAAUUAGAUUUGGUGUCUCCAUUUCGAUUGUAUUUUAAUCCUACAUUAAUAAUUGAACAAUAUCAGCUAUGGAGAUUAAUAACAACAUUUCUAUUUUUUGGAAACAUGGGUUUCAAUUUCCUUUUCAACAUGAUCUUUACAUAUCGAUAUUGUCGAAUGUUGGAAGAAGGAUCAUUUCGCAGAAGAACAGCUGAUUUUGUAAUGAUGUUCAUUUUUGGGGGCAUAUGUAUGAUUACAUUUGCAUUUUUUGUUAAUUUGUUAUUUUUGGGCCAUGCAUUUACAAUUAUGUUAGUCUAUGUUUGGUCACGAAGAAAUCCAUUUGUCAGACUAAACUUCUUUGGACUUCUAAACUUUCAAGCACCAUAUUUACCUUGGGUACUUCUUGGGUUUUCUGUUCUUCUUGGCAAUACAAUAUGGGUUGAUCUUGUUGGUAUGGCCAUAGGACAUAUGUAUUAUUUUAUAGAAGAUGUAUUUCCACGUUUAAGAGGAGGUUUUCGUAUUCUUAAGACUCCACAAAUACUUAAGACUUUAUUUGACGCACAUCCAGAAGAUCCAGAUUAUACUCCACCACCCGAAGAUCGGCCUGGUGGAUUUAAUUGGGGACAAGAAGCCAAUGUGCAAUAAUUCUAAAUCUGAGGUUCUGCUUCCAAAACAUCUACCAAUUGGCAUAUCAAGUAAACAUUUACAUUGCAACAUGUGCAAUGCUGGUCCUUGAUUUUCCCAGUUACUGACAACAGUACUAUACGAUCAAAGUCCAUGAUAUUCUGCAUCAUCUUACAAGGAACUUAUAAAAAGAUAAGACUUC